UCGGUGGCAAGUGGCAACGCCGCUUAAAUGGCAAACAGGGACAAUAUGUAAUAUUGCCUCGCAUUAUUUGUUUUCUAUUUAGACUAUAUAUUACUUAGGUAAAUUGUAAGUGGGCACAAGGAACAAACUGAAGACAAAAUUCCACAGAGACGCAGACGUCGCCAAGGUUUGUACGCGCCGGCACACAGCGCCAAUAUGCAUCAGCAGCACAUGGAUCUCCAUGCCCCAGUGGACCUCAACAAGUCCCUGGAUGAAAUGACGCCGGAGGAGCGAAUGCGGGCCGAGCACCAGUUGAUGGUUGAGAAACACAAGGGCCAUGAUGCCAUGCACUCAGAAAUGGUUAUCAUAUUGUUUAUGACGUUAGUCAUUGCCCAAAUCAUAUUGGUCGAAUGGAAGAAGCGUCACUACAGAUCCUAUGCAUUUGUCACACUGCUGGCCAUGUGGCUAAUCCCGCUAGUUAUCUCGUGCACCUUCCUCUGGGUACGAUUCAUUAUCAUCUGGCUGAUAUUCACGUGCAUUACGGCGCUAGUCAUGCGCCGGGCCACAACAAAACCCAUACAGGGCACAACGCCCAGGCUCGUUUAUAAGUGGUUUUACUUUAUUUACAAAUUAAGCUAUGGCCUCGGCAUCAUUGGCUAUCUGGUCAUAAUGGCCGCCUUUUUUGGCAUGAACUAUAUAUUUUCACAGCCGCCCAAUACCUGGAUGGAUGUGGGUCUCAUGUUCUGUUUCUAUGGCCUCUAUAUUGGCGUACUGGGUCGCGAUAUAUCCGAGAUAUGUUCAGACAAAAUGGCAGCAGCCAUAGGUUACUACACGCCGCAGGGCAUGCCCACACGACAUCUGGACAACAAUGUGUGCGCCGUGUGUGGCAAUCAGUUGCUGGUCUCUGAAAAGGAAGAGGGCGUCAUCGAGAACACCUACAAGCUGUCGUGCAAUCAUGUGUUCCACGAGUUCUGCAUACGAGGCUGGUGCAUUGUGGGCAAGAAGCAGACGUGUCCCUACUGCAAGGAGAAGGUCGAUUUACAGAAAAUGUUUCGCAAUCCUUGGGAGAAACCUCAUGUACUCUAUGGCAGGCUACUGGAUUGGAUUCGAUGGCUGGUCGCAUGGCAGCCGCUCAUAUUCUUCAUAGUACAGGGCAUCAAUUGGAUGCUGGGCCUUGAAUAGGCGAACAAAUCUAACUGUCCAAUGGCGACUAGUCCAGCACAUCGAUUGCCUAACACCCAAUGUGCUUUACACUAACCAAAACAACCAACCAACCAAGCACCAACAAGACCAACUAUUCCAAAGCUAUAUAAAAAAAGAGAAAAUAUUCUAAAAAUCAUUCAAAUGAGGCGUACAGCUAAAUCCAUCUAUGGCUUCCUUCAACUCCUUUCGAGGCUUGGUUCGUUGUCCUCCCAAAUAGAGUUUUUUGUUGCACAUCCUCAGUUUCAAUUUCAGUUAACGUCACGUUAGGGCCCACAGUUGAAGCAGAGAGCGAUGCAUCUAUCUACAUAUACAUAUAUUUCCAUUAUUCAUUAUUUUAAGCUGUAUAACGAUUAACUGGUAUUUUAGAGAUAAAUACAUAUAUAUGUAUAUAUGUAUAUAUGGUUACAUAUGUAAAUAUAUAUGUAGAUAUACUUGGGCAACAUGUAUCUAUAUGAGCAUAUAUAGGCAUAUAUAUCUGUAUAUAUAUAUAUAAAUAUAUAUGUUGUGUGUGGUGUGUAUGUUUGUAUUACGUCGACGUAUUAUGCGUAUUUUGCACUGGAUAUUGAAUUUAAUGAUCUAUAUUAAAGUAAUGGAAACAUUGAGUGGAUUCUAAGAAAAA